UUCCGCGUGUCAGUGUAUUGAUAAGCACAGACGCGGAGCAAUUGCAACUAGCGCUGAAUAACUAGUUAAUUUUUAACUGUUCGCUGACUGAUUGACGCUGUUCCGAUCAGCAAUGUCGUUCAGAGAUCCCAGAGGGAGAGACAACAUGAACCGUUGGGGGCGUGGUGGUGACGACGGCCCACGAGGCAGUCUCAAGGGCCGCCAACCGGGAGAGCGCCUGCGCAAGCCCAAGUGGGACCUUUCGAGGCUGCCUCCUUUCCAGAAGGACUUUUACAAGGAGCACCCCACCACCGCCCACAGGCCCAAGCACGAAGUGGAUGCAUACCGGAAGCAGCACGACAUCACCAUCCGCGGCAAGGACGUUCCCAACCCUAUUCUGACAUUCGAGGAGGCUAACCUGCCGGAUUUCUGCAUGUCGGCAAUCCGUCAGGCACAGUACAACACGCCGACUCCCAUUCAGGCGCAAGGUUGGCCGAUCGCCCUCAGCGGACGGGAUAUGGUCGGCAUUGCUCAGACCGGAUCGGGAAAGACACUUGCCUACAUCCUCCCAGCAAUCCUCCACAUCAGCCACCAGCCAUACUUGGAGCGUGGUGAUGGUCCCAUCGCACUGGUGGUCGCCCCCACCCGAGAGUUGGCCCAGCAGAUACAGCAGGUGGCAUCGGAGUUUGGCAGGGCCUCCCGCAUCCGCAACACUUGCGUCUUUGGCGGCGCUCCCAAGGGACCCCAGAUCCGAGAUCUCGAGAGAGGAGUGGAAAUCUGCAUUGCGACCCCCGGUCGGCUGAUCGACUUCCUGGAGGCGGGCAAGACAAACCUGCGCCGGUGCACCUAUCUGGUGCUGGACGAGGCGGACCGUAUGCUUGACAUGGGCUUUGAGCCCCAGAUACGCAAGAUCGUCGAGCAAAUUCGGCCGGAUCGUCAAACCCUGAUGUGGAGCGCCACCUGGCCCAAGGAGGUUCGGUCACUGGCCGAGGACUUCCUGAAGGACUACGUGCAAAUCAACAUCGGUGCAUUGCAGCUGUGCGCCAACCACCGCAUCCUGCAGAUCAUCGACGUCUGCCAGGAGUCCGAGAAGGACACCAAGCUCCUCAAGCUGCUGCAGGAAAUUAUGAAUGAACGGGAAAACAAGACCAUAAUAUUUGCCGAGACCAAGCGUAAGGUGGACGAGCUGACGCGCAGGAUGAGGCGCGAUGGUUGGCCUGCCAUGUGUAUUCACGGGGACAAGUCGCAGCCGGAACGAGACUGGGUGCUCGGAGAGUUCCGGAGUGGGAAGUCUCCGAUCCUGGUCGCUACCGACGUUGCUGCCCGAGGAUUGGAUGUGGAUGACAUCAAAUUUGUCAUCAACUACGACUACCCGAACUGCUCGGAGGACUACGUACACCGCAUAGGGCGGACGGCUCGCUCUAACAAGACGGGCACGGCGUACACUUUCUUCACCCCGGGCAACUCCAAGCAAGCCCAGGAGCUCAUCUCAGUCCUCAAGGAGGCCAACCAGGUGGUCAACCCCAAGUUGUUCGAGAUGUGCGAGAUGUCCCGCUCCUAUGGAGGACGUGGCGGUCGCAACCGCUGGCGCACAUCGGGCGGUGGCGGCGGGCGUAGAAAUGACUACGACGAUGACAACCGCCACGGAGGGCGUCGCUAUGCCACCGGGGCCAACGCCUACAACCCGGGCAACAACGACUACUCCACAUCCAACAACUCAGACCUGCCGAACAGCAACUACGGCUAUGGCAUUUCAAACUCAAACCAGUCGUCCCACCAGUCCCACCAGCAGUCACACCAAAACUCACACCAGAACUCGCACCAGUCUUCGCACCAGAACUCGUCCUCCCACAACAGCCACCACGGCAACUCAAACCAGUCGUCUGGUAUGAGCAGUGGUGGCGGAAGCGGAUCAAUGAUGGGAAUGAAUUCCAUGGGGCACAUGGCUCCCAUGACGCCCAUGAUGGGCCACAUGAUGCCCGUUAUGAACAUGUCCAACGGCCAGUCGUACAUGAUGCCACCCAUGCAGCAGCAACAGCAGUCCGGCGGGGGGCAGCAGCAGUCUGGUGGGCAGCAAGUUCCUCACAGCCUGCUGGGACCUCCACCACCACCCCCGCCACCACCAGGCGUCACAAAUGGCGCGUGGUAGAAAAAAUCUUGUUCUGCGAGCUGGACUAUGUUUUUAUUUUUACCUCAUGGUUUUUAGACCUACAUGCAACAUUAGGGACAGUUGCGGUGGCUGUUUUUAGUUUUACCUCAUGGUUUUUAGAUCUACAUGCAACAUUAGGGACAGCUGCGGUGGCGUCGAUUUGUUGCGUUCAGUGCACCCUGAUGAGGACGAGGCAACUGAACUCUGUUUUAUUUAAGACCCUCCCCCCACCGCAAGAACCACCAGAAAAAGCAGUUGUGACGUGGCGAUAGGAAAUGCUCUCUCCCGGCAGUCCUGUCAUAAUCGCUGGACAGAAGUGGCAGUUGUGUUUGAUGUCCCUCAGCCCUUUGUAGGAGAUGUGGGCGUAGCUGCGAGCAGGAGCAAGACCACUACUCUGUCACUCUUGAAACGAGUGAUAGUUACGCCAUAAGGGAGUUUACUUUCUUUUUCAUCCAAAAUUCAAGCACACACUUCCGCUGCGUGCCGAAGUGGCUAAGCAGGUAGCCGUAAGUGGGUGCCGAGCCAAAAUCGCAAGCCUCUAUUUCACCACUGGCAAAGUUCCUCGGGGAAAAAAAAAAAAAAAGAGAGAAGAUAACGGUAGAAGGGCGGCUAUCAGUGUGCAUGGUCGCAGCUGUCAGCUAGUGUUGGUGCACAGCACACUCGUGUUGCCACUUUCUUGUUUCCGAAUGACCAAA